AUGCCUGAGAAGCCACUCACAAUCGCGACAUAUGCAGCGGGCGCCUCUCUCGCUGCCAUUACCCUCGUCUACGUCUUUGGGCCCACCUAUUUUCUCGACGAUGACGCCACGAGCUCCAAGAAGAAGGGCGCCGUCGGCCUCAGCAACGCCGCCAACGACUGCUUCAUCAACUCGGUCCUGCAGGCGCUGGCAGGCCUACCAGACCUGCGCAUAUACCUGAUACGCGAGACGCAUCGCCGGAAGCUGGACGGGCCAGAGGUGUACGAGGUCGACCUGGAGAGGCUGAGCGCAGACGAUGCGACAGCAAGCCCAGGAAAGCUUGAGAAUCUGCAGACGGGCGUGCUGACAUACGGACUGAAAAACAUACUGGACCACCUCAACGAGCGCCCUAUAUACAGAAAGACGAUAUCCCCCCAGCCCUUCAUCAUCUCGCUCGAGAAAGCGUUUGGCACGCGCAUCAGCCGGCAACAGCAAGACGCGCAGGAGUUUCUCCAGAUCGUAACAGAACGCCUUUGCGACGAAUACCAUGCGGGCACCAAGGCCAGGCGACAGGCACAACGGCCUGCGAGUGUGACGGCGAUCCAAGACGGCGCGUUAGAACCGCAUGAGAUCGCCAAGCAACUCAGUAUUGCGACCAGUCAUGCUUCCGGCAGCGACAGCAAAGAGGAAGCCCAUGACACAAAUAGUGUGCUGCCAGAGGAGGAGGGAUUUCCAUUCGAAGGGAAGAUCGAAUCGCAGAUCGAGUGUCAGACUUGCAAAUUCAAGCCCAAGCCCUCCGCGUCGACCUUUGUCACCCUGACCCUGAACGUACCGCACGUCGCCUCCACUUCGCUCAACGCCUGCUUCGACGGGAUGCUCAAGGUCGAACAUAUCGAAGAUUUCAAAUGCGAGUGGUGUCGGCUAGAGCACGCAUUGAGGAGCAAAGACCAUGAGUUGUCCAAGGCGACAGACGACGAGACCAGAGAGCGGCUGCAAUCAGACAUCGUCAAGAUUCGCAAGGCUCUCGAUGAAGACCCAGAGACACCACCAGAAGGCGUCGAACUCCCAGACUCCAAACAGGCCCCAAAGCGUCGCAUAGCUCGCCACAUGUACAUCUCGCAAUUCCCCAAAGUCCUCGCAGUCCACCUGUCCCGCUCCAUGUUCGCCGUUGGCACUGUCUCGACGAAGAACCUCGCCAAGGUGUCUUUCCCAGAAUCUCUGCCACUAGGUGGCUUGUUACAUCGCAAGAACUACCGCCUAUUGGGCAUGGUUACGCAUAAGGGCAGCCACAACAGUGGUCAUUACGAGUCAUUCCGCCGCCAGGUUCAAGCAGUGCCCUUUUCCACACCCCAUUCGUUUGGAACUGAAGGCGCAUACAGUCGCCAUGCGACACCACUUCCCUCUGCGACUCAUUCAGCGGUACCAACGCCACGCAUAUCUACGUCGAACCUCACUGGCACAGACCGCGCAUCACUGCUAUCUUCGAUCCGGCCACUAGACUCUCCGUCCACGGGGUCUCUCUCCUCGCAAUCAUCGAAGGCGUCAUACUCCCGGGGUCCGGCCCCGACGUCUGCACCGCGGGUCAAUAAGGAUAGUGGAGAAUUUGCACCGCCGCCCGACAUGGCAUCACUGUCAUCAGUCAAGACCGGGCGUUCUCUCAAGGAACGGGCGUCAGAGAAGGCAGCUUCAUUGGCUGAAGCAAACCCUCUCAAGCGCAAGUCAAAACGAGCAAACAAUAGAUGGUGGCGCAUCAGCGACGACAAGAUCAAGGAGAGCAAAACGGGUGAGGUUCUAGGCAUGCAGAAGGAGGUUUACUUGUUGUUUUACGAACUCGAUCGAUCAUCCUAG